GUUUGUCAAAACAUCUGUGAAGUCUAGCUGUGCGCGACAUUCAUUGACGAUCGUAGUAAAAAUAGGUGUAACUGAACUGCUCAUAUUGAUGCGCUGCGAUACGCAAGACGCACGUGCUCUUACAAGCCCUCCCUUCAACAUCGUAGCGUCUGCAAAGCUAGAAACCCGUUAAUUCGGAGUUGUCACCUCGGACAGAUUCUACAUUCGACGAAAAUUCUCAUGUUUGACAAUUAAGCAUCGAGAACCCGUCACGUUCAUCUCAUUAUCUUACUUCAUUGCCAGCGUGUCGCUUCUCUAAGAAUUUGGACUAAUCUGAAUAGAAUCACGCUGAUUGCAUUCGAACACCACUUAUUCUGGUUGUCUCCUGAGCCCAUCAUCUAGGUCUAUGUCGAGGUGGUUGGGGAGUUCACAUUUUAUGUCUCUUCAGUGAACACUGCGAAAAAGUCAACAUACGUUAUUUCAGCACGUGAUGCGGAUUUAUCAAAAGAAAGAUACAGCCCCAGUCACAAUGAAAGCAGAAUCCGAUUUUGAUGGUUUCGUCCACAAGAAAUUCCGUCCGAACGGAGAGAAGCGUGUUCUGUCCACGAGCAGUGCCCCACCAAAGAAACGUCGUGGAAAUCUUCCAAAGGAAGCUGUCAACAUCCUAAAGGCAUGGCUAUACGAGCAUCGCUACAACGCAUACCCGAAUGACCAGGAGAAGCUGUAUCUCUCUCGCAUGGCCAACCUCACGCUUCUUCAGGUUUGCAAUUGGUUCAUAAACGCUCGAAGGCGCAUCCUCCCUGAGAUGAUCCGGCGUGAAGGACGAGACCCUGACAAGUUUACCAUUAGCCGUAAAACAAGCAAGAGUUCCUCGUCUGAUAGAUGCGAGGGUCGCGAAAGAAGCAAUAGCGAGAAGAGCGAUGAUUCCGCAGUUUCCUCUGUAUCCUCAACCGACUGUGCUAUGGAUACCGUGAGCUCCAAUUUCCACGACAAUGAUUCCAAUGCCGCUGACAUCAGCUCUGAAGGUGAAUCCGAUAGCGGUUGCAACGAUUGCAGGACCCCCUCGCCUGCCGCUCGAAAAAUGUCGAUGUCAUCCAGCCCCUACGAGUUCCCAAUGGGGGGAAGUGUCCCUACAUACCUUCGUGAUCUUCCAACUGAUAUGAUGCACCAUCUGAGGCUACAUGAAGCAAGCAAAUACCACUCGAGUCCAUUAUUAAAUGCUCGCCACUCUCCUACCCUUCCGCCUUCACAUCCCUACAUUCCUUUUCUAUACUCAAGAGAAUACCAACAGGCAUUGCCAAAAUCGAAACUUAGCGACCGUAAAUCGCCACUGGACUUGUCUCUGAAACUUAACAUGUCUCUGAAACACGAAGUUGACACCCUCGCCAUGCACAAAGCACACUUACGCGCAUUUCCAGAAGACGCCCUCCGCGUUCCUGCCACCGCACACUUGGUUCAACCCACAAGCAGUCCUUUCAAUAUGUUGGUUGAUGCGGCAAUAUGGAGAAGAGACAACGAAAAGCCUGGCCAAGGUCGCCCAACAACAGUCUGCUGACUGUGAGGACAGGAACAACAACAAAAACUUUCCCCAGGCAAUUCCAUGCCUUACCGUAAACCGUAAUGUUUGGAAACAUCAAAGUAACCACUAACUAAACAGGUAACUGGUGUAACAUGCCAAACUUGCUAUCUCAUCAAAGAUGAUGUUGUAUUUGCUAUUUUUUUCGAAUAAGCAAACACUAAUAUCGUACAAAGUUGAAUGGAAAUUGUGAGAAUCAUGAGGUGAAGCUUUGUCAAAACUUGAAGAACGGAAAAAAUAAUGUCCGCACGUGCCUUUUUUAUGAUCACAAAAGGUCUAUAAAAUGUGCGAAAAGAAAGAAAAACUGAAGGACAUUGACUUAUCUGGUUAUAUCGUUAUAUCCUGAAGUCGAUGAUGUGAAUACUGUAUAGAGUGGAAUGAGUUAAUAAAGAGGAAGAUUAUUCGUAGUGUGAACUUUAAGAAUUUAUCGUUAGAUUAUAAUUCUUAUGUUAUUUGGGGUUGUGCCGGGAAGUCAUUUUCAUUUGUUUUAUUUUUGUGUAGAUGAAAAUAUCAUACAUCAUAUCAUAACAAUCUCAGUUUUGUUGAAAAGUCUUACGGUUAAGGGGUGAUUAUUUCCGAUUUCGGUAUGAAUUCAUUAAUUGAAAUGUUUAAUACUAAAUGGUUCUUCCACUGUUGCCUCGUAUGCUAUAUUUUAAUUGAUUGUUGAUGCAGAAACGGGGCUCAUUGCCAACUAAUGUCAAAAUGAAAAGUACUUAUUGUUAUGAUUAUUUCAUAUUAUAUUCAUUAAGAGCACUUUCUUGAAAAUAUUAUAUUAUUUUCUGUAUGUGUUGCGACUCGACGUCAUGUGCCCUCAGUGCCUUACCUGUAGGUUGAAUAUGAGCGCAUUUUUUGCCAAACCGUCUUCCAUUAAUGCUCUAAUUUGGGAUGUCCCCAUCAGAAUUGAUCGCGGAGAUCUAAAACACGUGCUAUGUCUUCAAAUCAUUUUGUAUGAAUGUAUAUACAGUAUUCGAUAACAAUAAAGUGGUUAUUCCAUUCCAUAACAAUGAAAGACUGACCCCUUCGAAACACCUGAUGCUGCUGGUCUUAAUGAUUUCAUCAAAUCAGGGGACUUGGGUUGAUAAUUUGGAAUACUUAAAGUGAGUGGGGAAAUUUACAUGACCAUUUUUUUAUGUUACGUACCCGUGAUUCACCUUGGUUACAGUUGUCCAUGUAAAUUAUAUUCUUUGAUACAUGUGGUAUAUGUAUUUAUUUUUACCGGUGGAGUGCCGAUCGGAAUUAUCAUAACAUAUCUUUGUUUAAAGCAUAGACAGUCUAAUCAUGCAAAGAUAACAUGGUUACCAACUUCUACAUAAUGUAAUAAUGAUAAAUAAUAACCUGCUUACGAAACGUUAUUAGGUUUGUAGACUGGUUUAAACAGCCGGUUCUAUGUCAGAAACAUUACUUCAGAUUGGUAAAUAUCGAAAGGAACUCAAAUAUUGACGAGAUGAUUUUGUCAUUUGCUAGGAUAAUUCGAAGAAAGUAAAAAUUCAGGAGAUAGAUUGACCAUUAUUUUGCCAAAUAUCCGAAUCUUGCCUGUGUUAUGUUCAGCCGUCGCCCCGGUUAUCUGAACCUUAUUCGAAACGGUUAUCCGUACCGUGUAUGAAACGGUUACCUAUAAAAGCCUUUGAUGAAAUGAAAUUAAUGUAUUCCUCAUAGAAGCCACGGUCCUCGCUCAAAGAUGCAACUUUUUUUAAUUGUG